UUAAAGAUGGCGGCAACCCCAAAAUUUAAAGUAAAACAUGGUGCACUAGAUGUAUGGUCCGUCAAAGAGAGGUUGGCAUUAGCUAGCUCCGUAUCAAGGAGUGGGGAUCAGAAUUGGGUAUCUGUAAGCAGAUCUAGCAAACCUUUCGCUGAGAAGCUCAGACCUCCAGACUGGUUUUCAACAAAGAAUUGUGCACUCCAGUAUGCAGAUCUCUUGGAAAAUGCUGAAACACCAAAAAGGAAAAGGGGAGAAAGGGGAGAGAUUGAAACUCCUACAGUUCAGAUUGUAAGGAAAUUGACAAUAGAAAGAAUAGAGGAGUUAAAAAGAUUAAUUGAAGAGGACCAAAAGAAAUACAGGGCUAUGAAGCAAGAGUAUGAACUAGUGCAAAGUGGCCAGUGUGAUGACAAACUCCGUGAGAUCUGGGAAAGAAUACAGAAAGAGAAAGAGGCAAAGGCAGAAGCAGAGAGGGUUGCAGUGCAGAAAGCUGAAGAAGAGGCAGCUUCAAGGGCUGAGGCCUUGGCCCUCGCUAAAAUGAUGAGAAAAAUUCCCAAAGGUGGCCGAGCCUCAACCAGCAGUAUCAGUUUGGAGGUGGAUGACAGCACUCAGGACUCUGUGUCCUCAGAGAUAGAGAUAGGGAUUGAAGAUAGUGCAAGUACUCCAACUGAAGGCAUAAUUAGUUCAUCCACUCCCACACCUGCAGCAACAUCUCAGAUCCUGUCCACACUUCUUACUAAAGGACCUGCUGAACUACAGCAGUUCAAGGAGCAAACAGAACAACAAAACAAACAAGCACAAGAGGCAAUCAAACAGCAAGCACAGCAACAACUGCAGCAGCAACAACAGCAGCUGGCUGCUCCACCUCCAGUUGAAGGCAGACCCCAAGUGAACAUUGCUGCAGCUAGUGCCACUGCCACACGGUCCAAUAGCAGCACCGAUAUUCCAAGUUCACCAUCAGCUGGAGCACCCACUCUGUCAAAGUUGCUGGGCACUCCCUUUCAAAAGACUGCUCAGCAGCAGCAACAACAACAGCAACAGUUACAACAGCAGCAGCAGAAACAAACAGAAGAGUCUCAAGUGCAAGUUAAGAGAGAAGAUUCAACUGAGUCCUCUGAAUGCAAGGCUGAUGUUGUAAAAGAAGAUGAAGUGCCAUUGGCUGUUGUUAAAAAGGAAAAGGAAGAAUCAGUUGAAAAGCAGGAGACGCCUGUGGACCUGCCAGAGCCCCUCCCAGCCCCAGCACUAGAUGAACAAUAUGUGGAGCCACCUUCUCCUGCCAGUAGUGUGUCUUCCAGGGUCAGUGAGGGAGGAAGGUCGGCUAAGAAGACCAGAGGUCGGGGGUCAUCAAGACCAGGUAGCAGAAGAAGUACACGCGUUACCAGAAGAUCAGCUCAAGAUGACAGUAAAGAAGAAGCCAGUAUCAGGUUAAGUGAAGCAGAGUCUUCAGAUGGGGAGACCAUACAAGGCAGUGAUGAUGCCUCUGUGGCACCCAGUAGGCAAGCUAUGUCAGUGUCUGAAUCCUUCCCCAACAGUCCAUUGUCUCAAUGUAGUGAUACAGAAGAUGAACGCACAUAUAAAGCCUGGAAAAAAGCUAUAAUGCUGGUGUGGCGGCAUGCAGCUCAACAUAAAUAUGCCAACGUGUUUGCUCAUCCGGUAACAGAUGACAUUGCUCCUGGGUACACCAGUAUUGUGUUUAGGCCUUUAGAUCUGUCAACAGUGAAGAAAAAUGUGGAGAGUGGAAUAAUCCGGACAACCACGGAGUUCCAGCGAGACAUGAUGCUCAUGUUUACCAAUGCUAUCAUGUAUAACAACUCUGACCAUGAUGUUUAUCAGAUGGCUAUGGAAAUGUAUGAUGAUGUCAUGCAGCAUAUUGAGCAAUUUGUCAGCACACAGCUGAUGGUCCAGUCAUCAGAAACCAAGAUGCUGCGAGGAAAUAGAAGAUCUGAUACAGCAGCCAGUGAUAAGGAAGAAGAACAGAAGCGUGGAUCUCGCAGACAAUCAGCUGAGCAGGAGGGAGGCAAAACAAAACGAAGGAAGACCAGGGCAGACGACUGAAAAUCAUUUUAGAAACUUCAUUAAGUUUAACAUUAGGUGUAGCAAAAUUGUGUCAUGUUGUCCAGUCCCAACAUGGCAUUGUAUUUGCAGAGUGGGUCUCCGCUUGAAAACAAUCAUGCCUAGCUGAAUAAUUACACAAGAAAUGCACUUAAAUGUAGUACUCAGCUGCAGCGCAUUUUGAACUUGGGAGGCAAUUUGGGAGCUCUCAAAUCAUUCCACGAGUUUACUUUCAUAGUAAGGUACAAUUCACAAUUUUCAUCUGUUCAUUGCACUAAUGAUACUUGAAAUAAAUGUUUUAUAAAGAAAAA